AUGAAUAACUCAAGCAAUUAGGGAAGGAUCUGGAGACUUAUGAUGCCACUUUUGGAGUGUUCUCAAAAACGAUCAUGCAACAUAGAAUUAUUGGCUGCCUUCUAUACUGAGUAUGGGAGUGUGGCAUUGAAAUUGAGUUUAUUGGAUAUCUCUAAGGAGUGUGUGCAAUGUGCAUUUUAUCAUUUGAAAGACUUUGCGAAUCUGAACCUAUUUAUCUUGAAUAUCCUCACAUAUUAGAGAAUCAAAUUCUGGCUUUGUAGAUAUCUAGACUCCAUUCAUUUGUUAAAGAGACUCUUGAAUGUCGUGCCUAAUUCUCUCAUUCAUUACAAAAUUGAGAUCUUCAUCAAUAUUGCAAAUUCCCAAAGAGCUUGGUGUAAUUAUGAGGAUGCUGAAAGUUCCAUCAACCAAGCUGAACAACUGGCCAAUCUACUCAGUCCAUCUCAUUACAAUGAUUUACUCAAAACCAACAUUCUAUUUCUUAAGGCUCGACUGUACAUGGACACAGAUAGAAGCAAACAUGGACUGGAUUUUGCAUUGGAUUGUUUGCAGCAAAGAGAGAUGUUAUUGCCAUGUGAUCAUCCUGACAUUGCUAUAGCUAUGGAACUUGUUGCCAAAAUCAAUUUUAUUUAGAAUAUAGUGCAGGAAGCAUAAAAGUAUCAUGAUUAGGCCUAUAAGUUGAAGAUCAAGGCUUUUGGCUUGCACAACUUUGAGACCAUAGAUUCAAUCAAUGAAAAGGGACGUCUCUUGCUCUCCUACAAAAAGCAGGAAUAACAUGCCAUGUAUUACUUCUAAUUGAUCGGAGACAUCAGUUAAGUACUGUUGGGUCCUUGCAAUCAAUACCAAGCACUCUCUUACAACAAUCUAGGAUGUGCUUUGUUCAAUAUUGGCAAAUAUGAUUCUUCUAUACAAUAACACUCGAAGGCUCUUUGCAUCUAUGAGAAGUUGUGCGGUCAAGAACAUGCUAAAUUAGUAUUCUCCUUAAACUAAAUGGCUAAUGCCAAUAAGUUGCUUAACAGACCAAAAGCAGCUUUCACAAUUUGGAGACGUUGCCAAACGAUCUUGGAGAAAAAUCCUUAAGUAAAUUCCAAAUAGUUAUCUGCCAUAAAGUCUAGUUUAUAAGGAUUGUCUAUACAAGAAGAAGAUUGA